CGAACCGGAUCAGUUUCUCUCUCUUCACGCCAAAGGGACAAGGAACCGUCCAAAUGACGCGUGACACCGUUGUUCUAGUGGCGCGAAACGCCUGACUUCAAAGUGGAAACAGCGCGUCCACCGCGACGAUAUGCGAUCAGACGGCAGCGAGACCGCGGUGAAACCGAUUUUCCCGGUUGCCGGACUUUUCCACCGCGUUCCAACAAAUGCGCGUUUCGUUGACUGAAGAAACACCAGGAAAACAACAGGAACGAUGUACGGCAUGCUUUUAGAGAGUGUGCAGCACUUUGUGCAGUUAGAGUAUGGCGAAGAAGUGUGGCAUCAGCUCUUGGAAAGUGCUGAUUGCAAGCACAUGGUAUUCAACACACGACAAAUAUAUCCUGACGAGCUUAUGACCAAUUUGGCUGCUGCUUUAGCCACGAUCAAAGGCAUCUCGAUCGAUAAUGUGAUGCAAUUCUUUGGCAAAUGUUUCGUUAGAUUUUUCAGCAACUUAGGGUACGCCUGCACAGUGAAAGCCACAGGUCGUUAUUUCUGUGACUUUCUGCAAAGUGUCGACAAUAUUCAUAUGCAAAUGAGAUUCACGUAUCCAAAAAUGAAAAGCCCUUCCAUGUACACUACACACGUCGACGCGCAAGGUGUAGUGUUAGUGUAUCGAAGCACUAGGCAAGGUUUUACGCAUUAUCUCAUGGGUCAGUUGUACUAUAUAGCUAAAGAGCUUUACGAAACGGAUUUGAUAAUUAGCGUAUUAGAAUCUUCAAACAAUAUCCCGGGGUCCAGAAGUGUGAUGGUUAAAUUUAGAAUUGACUUUGACAAUCGUGAAUAUAUCGCGAAGAACAACAGAAUGAAAACUCCGCUAGGUCGAGAAUUGGCACCAGUGUCCUGCACGUUUCUUUUACGGCUGUUCCCGUUUGGGGUCGUGAUAAACAAGGAUAUGCUCCUACUGGGAGUUGGCGAUAAACUGUUGCAAGCAUGGGGCGGUAGCUCAUCCAUCCUGAACAAACACGUCACGGAAGUCUUUAAACUGCGUAGGCCUAAAGGGAUUUCCUUCACUUGGGGAAACGUGCUGUAUUUGCAUUCAGUGAUGUUCGAGCUAGAACUCAUCAGGGUAAACGAUAACAAUGCACAGUCGAAUACAGACAAUAUCGCUAGUACAAGCUCAGGAUUAGAUAGGCGAGGAAGCCAAGGAGCUAGAAGUAUCUUGUUGAAGGGCCAGAUGAGGUACAUCGAUGACAUCAAAGCAAUAAUUUUCCUAUGUAGUCCCUUAAUCAACAGCUUAGACGAGCUACUCAACAUGGGCCUGUACCUGAACGACCUAAACCCUCAUGGCCUAAGUCGAGAAUUAGUCCUCGCGGGAUGGCAGCAUUGCGGAAGGUUGGAGAUGAUGUUCGAGAGGGCGGAACAGAGAUCAACCGAACUGGAAAAUAGCUACGCGUUACUGGAUCGUUGGAAGAACAAAAGCGACGAGCUUCUGUAUUCCAUGAUUCCCCAGACGGUCGCUGAUCGCUUGCGUGCCGGUGCGAGCCCUUUGAGCACUUGCGAGUCGUUCGAGUCUAUAACCGUUUUGUUCUGCGAGCUUUGCGACUUCGAUUACUCGACCAUUGAGGGCGCAAUGGACAUCGUCUCGUCAAUGAACGCCGUUUUCUCGUGUUUCGACUCCCUGAUGGACGAAUACAAUGUGUACAAAGUAGAAACAGUCGGUCGAGUUUACAUGGCAGCGAGUGGAGCACCGGAUAAGACUGAAGAUCACGCUCAAAACGUGGCAGACGUUUCCCUGCAGCUGAUAAAGCACGUGCAAUCUCUCAAAUUGCCAUCUGGUCUUGAUAUACAGAUUCGCAUAGGAAUUCAUUCUGGACCAGCUGUGGCAGGUGUUGUUGGCAUCAAAGUACCGAGAUAUUGCUUCUUCGGCGACACGGUGAAUACUGCUUCCAGAAUGCAAACGACCAGUCUGCCAGGAAAGGUACACAUCUCGGCAGACACUAAAGCGCUAUUGGUCAAAGACCGGUACCACGUCGAGUCACGCGGACUAGUUUGGGUCAAGGGAAAAGGCAACAUGGAGACGUAUUGGAUGUUCGACAAAGCGGAAACGAAUAUUGAGAUUACGAUCGAAGAAGCUACACCGCCCGAAGGACUUCUAGUCACCGAUGUUUAACGUGUAACAAAACGUUGGAUGUUAUUUAAGAGAUCGUUGAACUGCUUUUUGUUUUUAACAGCUGGACGAGCAUGUACAGCUUUCGAGAUUAAGUCUGGAUCGUGCUAUUGACAAGCAGACGCGCAUAUUAGCCUGAUGGGUAAGAUAUACAAUGCCCCAGUUUUGUGAUGAAAUGGUAUUGUAGACAUAUCACAAUUCGUAAACGAGCCAGGAAACAGGAUGAACAGCUCCUUGACGUGAAUAGUACAGAAGGUUCAUGUUGUAAACAUUAGACAAUGUUCUCGUGCGUGAUUAGGUAUUUUAGACAUAAUUAUUAUUUAUUACUUGGUGCCGGAGAUUAUUAUUGGUUAUCCAAAACAGUACAGUAAUAUAUUUACAUUUACUUUAUAGCUAUAUGAUUUUGUUAUAUAAAUUUUUCACUGACAAUUUCGUAAUAUUUUUGGGUUGCUCCAAAAACAAUAAUAAGUACUUAUCACAAAGUGGAGUUUAUCAGUUCUGAAAAGCUCAAAUGACAGUGCAACGUAUGUUUGCAUAAAUGUUGAUCCAUGACGAGCAUAUUAAAGUCUUUCGUUUUGUAGCUUAUCCUAAAUGUUAAUGUUAAUAACAUAAAAAUCAAAUUUCAGAGAUCUCACUCGAAGCUAUUCAUACUUACACUUACGCUCUAUUGAUUCUCUGUUGACAUUUUCUUUAUAAGUGUAUAUCCAUUCUUUCUCCCAUUGACCUGCUGAUCUCAUGCUUCAUACAUAUUUUUUUUAUAGCGUAAUAAAGACAACAUUAUCAUUGUCAUCAUUAUUAUUAUUAUUAAUAUAUCUCGUAAUCAAAGUUACGAGUUUACAAUCUCACAGUCACUUAUUGUAGCAAAUUAAUUUCAUUCCGAGUAUCAAAAUUGAGUAUCAUUGAAAGCUUGCACAUCGUUGAAAGACUUCAGUUUAGCCAAAUUA